AAACGCUACACAUGUGCAUUUUCCUCUUCGACGGGGCUUGUGUUUCGUUUCGACACUUUCCGUGCGCGUUUGUUGUGGCGAGCGUCCGUUCAAGGAAGACGAGGCCUGGUGAAGGAACGUGCAGACAGGCUGUCUCACACUAAGCUAUGGAAUGCUCUCUGCUCCCACCAUCACUAGCCUCCAAUCUUUGGACUGAGCUCCAAACGCUUAGUUAGCGGCUGUGCUUCUCCCCUCGAACUCUUUAUAACCAGGGGACGAAGAGAAGGAGCGGGCUUACUAAGUCCUCCGCUAAAAACGCACGGAGCACUUCACUUUUCUUUUAUCUUUUAUUAGAAUAUUUAAGCUAGAUUUUUUUUUUUUGUCUGCUUGGAUUUUUUUUUCCCACCUGAAAUCAAGAUGGAUCUGGAGUCAUAUCUGUGGAUGGUGGUUAUUGGCUUCAUCAUUGCCUUCGUCCUGGCUUUUUCAGUCGGAGCUAAUGAUGUGGCCAAUUCAUUUGGCACAGCAGUGGGGUCUGGUGUGGUCACUCUGAAGCAGGCCUGCAUCCUGGCAUCCAUCUUCGAGACGCUGGGCUCAAUGCUGCUCGGGGCCAAAGUGGGAGAGACGAUUCGGAAGGGCAUCAUAGAUGUCAGCCUCUACAAUGACACAGUGCCCGUGCUCAUGGCAGGCGAGGUCAGCGCCAUGGUUGGGUCGGCAGUCUGGCAGCUAAUUGCCUCCUUCCUCAAACUGCCCAUCUCCGGGACUCACUGCAUCGUUGGCGCCACCAUAGGCUUCUCUAUGGUGGCCAUCGGCACAAAGGGCGUACAGUGGAUGCAGCUUGUCAGGAUCGUGGCAUCGUGGUUCAUCUCCCCCUUGCUGUCUGGACUCAUGUCCGGACUUCUCUUUAUGCUCAUCAGACAUUUCAUCCUCAACAAGGAUGACUCGGUCCCAAACGGAUUGCGAGCGCUGCCCCUCUUCUAUGCCUCCACCAUUGGAAUCAACACAUUCUCCAUCAUGUAUACUGGAGCUCCAUUGCUCGGGUUAGAGAUGCUGCCGGUGUGGGCCAUCUUUCUCAUCACUUUAGCUGGGUCGAUAGUCUGUGCAGCACUGGUGUGGAUACUCGUGUGUCCUUGGAUGAGGAGAAAGAUAGCAAGUCGUUUAAAGAAAGAGCAGGCUCUCUCCAGGAUUUCUGAUGAGAGUCUGGACAAGAUCCCUGAAGAGGAGGAGGAGAGCCCCGUCUUCAAAGAGUUACCGGGGGCGAAGGGCACAGAUGAGGCUGUGAUGCCGCUCACGGGCGGCAGCAGUGAACGGGGCACCCGCGACUCCAGUGGAGAGCUUACCAACCUGGCGAACGGCGGCACCAUCCUGCCGAACGGCAGGGUGUAUGGUCGGACGCACUCAAUGACCAACGGCAGCCUCAAAUCACCCAUCUCUAAUGGCAGCUUCAGCUUCGAUGGCCACAUGCGCAGUGAUGGCCAGGUGUACCACACAGUGCACAAAGACUCAGGCCUGUACAAAGACCUGCUUCACAAAAUCCACCUGGGCCGCAUGGAUGACAGUGAGCGCUCUGGCUCCAACGCUGGCCCACCUGACAACAACUACCGCCUGCUGCGCCGCAACAACAGCUACACCUGCUACACAGCAGCAAUAUGCGGCAUGCCCGUCCAGCCUAUGCGCGCGGAAUCACGCGAGGACAGUGAAAAGCUGGUUGGUGAAGGAGGAGGCAGGAGCAACAGCGUGUCCUACUCCAAGAAGCGGAUACGCUACGAUAGCUACUCGUCGUACUGUAACGCCGUGGCCGAGGCUGAGAUUGAAGCAGAAGAGGGUGGAGUGGAGAUGAAGCUCGCCACGGACCUGGAGGAGGUGGAGGAAGAAGGAGCUCCACCUCCAGGGCCGGAUGACUUGGAGGAUCAGGAGGAGAAGGACAAACCUGAGGUGUUUCUGCUUUUCCACUUCUUGCAGAUCCUCACCGCCUGCUUUGGCUCUUUCGCCCACGGAGGAAACGAUGUCAGUAAUGCCAUUGGGCCUUUGGUGGCACUGUGGAUGAUCUAUGAACAGCAAGGCGUGAUGCAGGACGCCAACACUCCUGUCUGGCUGCUGUUUUAUGGCGGUGUAGGCAUCUGCGCCGGCCUGUGGGUGUGGGGCCGCCGCGUCAUCCAGACCAUGGGGAAGGACCUGACUCCCAUCACCCCCUCAAGUGGAUUCACUAUUGAACUGGCUUCUGCACUCACAGUCGUGUUCGCUUCCAAUAUCGGAAUCCCUGUCAGUACGACACACUGCAAGGUGGGCUCAGUUGUGGCCGUGGGCUGGAUCCGCUCCCAGAAAGCAGUGGACUGGCGCCUCUUCAGGAACAUCUUCCUAGCGUGGUUUGUUACAGUGCCUGUGGCCGGCCUGUUCAGCGCCGCCGUCAUGGCCCUGUUUGUCUACGGCAUCCUGCCCUUCGUCUGAGGGCACAACGCUGGGAGGGAGAGCAGAGGAGGAAAAAGAGAGUCAGAGAGAGGGGAGAGGGGGGAAACUUGGGUAAAAAUCAUAUCUCGAAUGUUGGAGUUGCAGAUAGAAGAGAAUGAAGAGAGUCAAUGCACAAGGGUGACGAGGAAGAGGAGGAGAAGAGGGUGAGGGUGGUUUACAGAUGGACUUGGUUGUACUGUAGAUGUGAGGAGGGUUGGUUCACAUGCUGCCUGGCUUCAUAGUCCAGAGAUCUUUUGACUCAUUUGAGUUCCCAAUUGGUUUUUAUUUAUUCUUUUUUUCUUUUCUUUAUUUGGUGGGGUGGAUUUAAAAAAAAAAAGUGUAACAAAUGUACUGAUGAAUCUGCUGUACAUAAGACAAUAACAGGGGACUUACUGGUAACUUCUAACAGAACAUGUUUGAGAAGCAGUGGCAGUCUCCUUAUCAAAAUAUCAUCAAUUUAAAAAAUACAGACAGCAUAGGACUAAAAAUGAUCAAAAAGCAGUCUGUUCUGCUAACGUAAGCCAGCAGACCUGCCUGCGGUAAAUCCAUAUCCUUCUGCCUGAAAUUCUGGGCAGUAUAAUCAGUCAAGUGCUUAUUUUUUUUAUUAUUAUUAUUUUUAUCAUUAUUCCAAAAUGCCAGGAAAAGAAAACUGUAUAUAUUGUGAUAUUGGAUUGAGUGUGAUUUGUUGUAUUGCGGCUUGCUUUAAAACAAAAGAAGAAAAGAUGUGCGUGUGGUCAACCGAACCUAUCCAUCAUCUCACGUUCAACAUGCUAGCCAGGUACAACUGGGGCCAAAUGGAAGGGACGCCUCAGAGAGGAGCGGUGAGACUGUCACUCUGCUUUUUUUAAUUAUUAUUAUUUUCCACAUGAUACCAUAGAAACUUAAUUUACUAAAGAGUUGAUUUUUGUCAAGAGCUCCUGUAUGUUUUUAGAGAUCUCAUAUUUUUUAAUGAUGUAUUAUACUGUAAUUUGUACUGUAAAUACUGUCCUUUAAGAGUGGGGUCUGGGAUGGGGGAUCAUAGUUUGUUCUCAUGGUGUGAGUGCGUGCGUGUGUGUGUGUGUGUGUGUGUGUGUGAGAGAGGGAGAGAGAGAGAGAGAGAGAGAGUGGUUUGGGGGAGGGGGGGCUCCUCUUCACCUCAUAAUGAUGUCAGAAUUUUGUUAGCUUCAUCCCGCGGCUCAUAGGAAACUCACACUGAUGAACACUUGGCGGGUUUUUCUGAAGUUGGCAGAAGUGUAUCGAUUAGAAAAUGAUGUUUUGUUUUAAAAUGACGAACCAAACUCUUUCACAACAGAGAAAAUCAGAGCCUUGCAGUUGCGCCACUGUCUUGUUGCCUGAGUGAAUAUAACACUAUCGACAGGAAGUUCGUUUGUUAACGAUUCCCUCCUUGAGCAAAUGUUCAGAUUGCGAGGGAGGAGUGAGGUUGCUCUUUAGUGAGCAGAACCAUGCCAAAGUAAGUUGUGUUGUCGUCACCGUGACCGCAUGCUCGUUUAAAGCAGAAAAAAUGAAGUACAGCAGACGCCAAAACUGAUCAGAUGUGCAAAAACACACUGGUUAUGUUCAGUAAAAAUGUUUGCAUAUCAUCAUCCAUAUGCCCUUGAUUUCAGAUAAAGCCGGAGUCGCUUCCUCAUAUCAAAGGCUCCCUGCCAGUGAUGAAUCUUUGCAUUUUCCACACCGUAGUUAUUGGCCAGAAUAUCUGAGUCCAGGUUUUUAAAUCCAACAUAUUUUGAGAUGUAUCAACACGUUAAAAAAAAAGGUUAAAGCCUCAUAAUCUGUCAUAUCAAAUGCUUAAAAGGUCAAACGUGCAUCAUAAAUCAGCCAGUUAUGCAGAUGUGGAAAGGAUGGGGACUCGACCCAAGCCACACGAGUAGCUCCUCAAAAUGGGCAGAUGUUGUUUGAAGUGCAAAAGCAUUUAGUCUCGUGAUCACCUCUGUGUCAGUCCAAGUGCUAUCAGGAAGCUCAAUAUCACAAGGCGUCUGAAUCAAAGCCCGGCGAGGGUUUUAAGGCUGCUCGUGCCACAAAAAUAUCACAAGACCUUCGUCUUAGGAUUUAAGGUUGUAUUUGGAGGUAGAACUGAUCAUCACCAGCUUUUGAACAGGGUCACCUGACCUGUAGAUGAACAAAAUCUAAAUCUUUUUUUUUUUUUUUAAGCAAACUCGAUGCCAGGUGUUGCAAGUUGGGGGGUUUUUUUUGUUUUGUUUUUUUUUUGUUCUUGUGGUGUGUUUCCUAAUUUCUUUUUUCUCUCUCUCAUGAACAAAUCUAUGCUUCAGUAGCCACUUGCCUUGUAACAUUGUGUUUUACUUUGUGCAGAAAAAGUAAUUAUGUACUGUGGUGUUUACAUCGUAACCAUAUUGUAGAGUUAUCUGUAAAAACAAACAAAAAAAAAACUGUUGCCUAAUGAUGCCAAUGAAAGACAAACUAUUAACCAUAAGUUUUUAAGUGCAAGUAAAAAAAAUAACCAGAAGUGUCUAGAGAGAGCGAGAGCAAGUGUGUGCACAGUGACUUGUUUUCCAUUUUGUUUUUUGUAGCAGUAGUGCUAAUCUUGACCCCCGUCACCUUACACUUCUACUACAAUGCAUUAACACUACAUGUAUGGGUGCAAUUCAGUAAUGAAGAGGAUAACUAGAGAAAUUUCAUCAAAACUAUAUUUUUCUACCAUAUCUGAGUUUUAACCGGGAUGAGCUUCCAGACACUUUGGAGGGCACGCUCUGGGGCUGAUGGGAAAAUCGGGCAAACGGGGACUAGUUGUUGUGAGACUGUAAUCGCAGCAAUACUGAGAAACUGUCUUAUUUCAGGGUGCCAUGUGCCACACUUCCUCUAAGCCCAGUGGAUCCCUCUAACAUGUAGACUGAUGUGUCGGUUGCCAGUAGAUCAGAUUUUUUGAAAUUACCAUUUUUAUUUUUGAACUUUCAAUGAAAACACUUUGUAAUUUUGUUUCCCUACUGCUCUGGCCGUGAGCUACAAGAGCAGCGCAGCAUCAUGCCGAAAACGAGGAGUACCGCUCGAUGAAGAUGAAGCCAAUAAGUUACACAAAUGUGGCAACUGAAAAAUUUGAUUGGAACGAAAUUUGUUUCCUUGUUUUUGGUAGGUGAGCGUUGUUGAAGCUCACGGCCUUCUACCCUUCCACAGGCUGUGUGUGUUGUUUGGCGGAGGGGGGGGGGGCUGCAGAGAGCUGGUGGUUCAAAUCCUCUUGUGUUUGUUCUCAGACGCCCAGAAGAAGCAAAUAUUUAGAGGACAUCUUGUGAUGAGACGAAAAGGUUCCCCCCAAAACAGCAGAGAUCUAAAGCUUUUCUGGAUGUUUUCUUUCACCACAUUGUCUUUAAGGCGAGCCAGCGUAACCGCUAACUUCUAAUUGCUAAACAGCAUGCGCUAUGGCCUCAAGCAGGUUACGCAAAAUGAUAAAAAUGUGCAAAAGCAGGCUGCAGCAGAAGCAUAGAAGUUUCACAACAGUGUGCCAACAUUACCCAGGAAAGUUCCCCAUUAAGCAAGGCUAAAGCAACAAAACUGAACUAUUUUAAAUCCAUUUAACCUUUUAUUUCAGAUUAUUCUUCAUAAAUGGAUGAUAUGUGUAAAGGCAAACCCAAACCUAUGUCUCUUGAAUAAAAGUAAAUUGAAAAUAGUUCUAAAAUCUCUCAUGCAGUCACCAGGAGAGCUUCUUAUGCUAUUUUUUUUUUUUUUUUUAUUUUAGAUUCUAGGAUAAGUCGACACAAACUACCAUGGUAGAUACCGAAGGGUUAGGAUUUAUACUGUGAAGUUUAUAACCCCUGGCAUUAAAAGCAGAUUGUGUUGUGUACAAAAAUCUGUGUUCAUGGUUAAUAUAAAGUAGGACUCAAAAACUAUGCUUCAGCUGAAGAAAGAAGCUUUCGCCCAUAUCUGAGGCUUGUGGAAGUUUGUUGCUCUGCUGUAAGAUUUACUAAACAAUGUAAUGAGCGUGAAUCCACUUUAGUUCCUUCACGCAUUAAGAGGUUUAUUUGUAAAUGCACUGAGGUCAGCCGGCAUGCUUUGCAUGUUUGAUUUGUACAAUGUCACCAUCCUCUGCUGCAGCCCCCCCCCCCCCCUCCCCCCAAUC